CAGCAGCAGCAGCAUCAGCAGCAGCAGCAGCAGCAGCAGCAGCAGCAGCAAUAAUAGCAGCAGCAACAGCACCAGCAGUAGCAGCAGCAACAGCAGCGGUCAUCAGUCGCAGCAGUAUGACGCUGAGAGAAGAUUCACCUAGUACAGUCUGAAAGGGCAGCAGCAUGUUGGGUGUGAGUCAGCAUCAGCAGCAGCAUCAUCAUCAUCAUCAUCAUCAGCAGCAAGCGGGCGGAGGAGGCGGCGUCGUUGCUGGCGGCGGCGGAGGCGGUGGCGGCGGCGGCGGCGGUUCGUCAAGUCUGCGACACUCUGCGAGUUUCUCGUGUUUGCAGCGCGGAAGUCGUCCGCAGGCGCCGCCCUCGCAUCAGUACACUUUACAGUCGAAGACCUCGACUCUACAACCUUCGUCGUCAUCGUCGUCGUCGACGGCAACACGCGACAAUGCCUACAACGACAUGUCGGUCUACCUGGACACCGGCAGCAACGAUUACGGCUUCGUCAGGUCGAGACCGAGGCUGCGUAGCACCAACGCCAUUCUGUUGAGAGCUGACGACGUUCACCAGCAACAGUAUCAGCAGCAUCAGCAGCAACAGCAGCAACAGCAGCAACAGCAGCAACAACAGCAGCAGCAACAGCAACAACAAGACCUCAUGUCGAAGAGCACCUCGUCGUCAUCGUACCCGACGCCCGCGAGCGAGAUGAGCGCCAGCUACCACGAGGGCGCCCAGUACCACAGUCCCGAGAGCGCGGGGGGCUACCCGAGAGCGUUGGUACCUGGUAGACGUCGUCGUGGCGGCCUCAUACUCUUUACCGCUUCGACGUCGUCCUGGUGGAAGAGCAAGCAGCGGGAAGACAAUCUGGCUGCGACGAGCAAGUUGAUCGCGACGGCCGCCACCUCGCCCACGCAGGAGCGUCGUUGGCCUGCCAGCGAUAGCAAGUGGCCGUCCGAGAAGCAGCGCGCCGUCAAGUGGACCACGCCGCAGGCCAACUCGUCCGGCAGCAGCACCGCGCAGGAUCGCAAGUGGAGAUCCCUGGGGGCGUUGCUGCGCAGCAACGCACCCGCGAGUCCGAGCGUCGGCCGAGCCUACCAGCCGACGACCUUCGAGGAGCCGACGAACAGCAGACGUCGUCUUUUCCCGGCGGAGGAGCCCGAACUCGAAGAGGACGAGGCGAAGGACAGAAGGUCGACUGCUAGAGCGCAGAGCUUCUACCUGCUGGACGACUUUCUGCGUCCGCAGCCACAGUCCGCAAGCAGCAACGGCGGUAGCGGCGGCAGCAGCAGCAGUAACAACAAUAACAACAACAAAAACAACAACAACAACACCAAUCAACACCACGGCAACGUUCAGGCCCCGUGUAACGGCGGAGGCGGCAGCGGCGGCAGCUCGAAGCAUUCGAUCGACCUCUAUCUGUCGUCGCCGUACGCGCGACAGCAGAUCGGCAACUCUGCGGCGACGACCAAUAUAACGCCACCGCGACGGCACAACUCCAGCUCGGACAGCUUGGAAGUCGCCGCCAGUCCGCUGCCACCGCCGGUACCGCCGCCGCCGCCGCAGCUCAGCACCCGCGAGAAGAUCGACAGGGAUUGGGUCGAGAGCGCCCGCGAACGCGAACUCUGCCGAUGCAGGAUGUGCUGGUCCGGUAUGCAGCAGAGGUCGUUGCACGAGAGCCCUGGCACGCUGCACAAGGAUGCCGGCGGAGGGACGAAAGUUAGUGGCAAGAGCGUGUCGGGAGUCGGUGGUGGCGCGGUACUCACCUCGCUCUCCACCAUCGCCAAUACCAACUCCGCCAAGACUGUUAGAAAUAUCAAUAGCCAGGUCGCACAUCGCAAGGUGCGACCGUCGAUCGCCAACUCCAAGACCUCCAGGGUGGAUCUGUUGGAUAAUAAUAACGCCAACAACGCCAACGCCAACAAUAUUCACUUACCCAUUCACGAUCCGUACAACUCCAAUAGGCACACGGACGGACAUGGUGUAGUAUUACCAAUGACUCCGGAACAGGCGAUGAAGUAUUACGGCUCAAAGCUGACCGAAUUCGAGAGAGCCGAGAUCGAAAAGUACUCGGAGAUCUGGUAUCUCGGCUUGUCGGCCUGCAAGAUACAUGGCGAGGAGGGAGCUCAGCAAAACGGCGGUUACGACGACGACAACGGCAGCUACAACAAAGUCCUCCACGAUCAUAUCUCAUACAGAUAUGAGAUUCUGGAGGUCAUCGGAAAAGGCAGUUUUGGCCAAGUGAUUAGAGCGUUGGAUCACAAGACUGGUCAACACAUUGCCAUCAAAAUCAUCAGGAACAAGAAGCGUUUCCAUCAUCAAGCCCUCAUAGAAGUCAAGAUCCUCGAUCACCUGAGGAAAAAGGACAAAGAUGCGAAUUCAUCUCACAACGUGAUACAUAUGCUCGAGUAUUUCUACUUCAGGAAUCAUUUGUGCAUCAGCUUUGAGCUGAUGAGUUUGAACUUGUACGAGCUCAUCAAGAAGAACAAUUACCAAGGCUUUAGCUUAAGUCUCAUUCGAAGGUUCGCCAACUCGCUGGUCAAUUGUUUGAGGCUGCUUCACCGGGAGAACAUCAUUCAUUGCGAUUUGAAGCCCGAAAACGUGCUGCUGAAACAACGAGGCAGCAGCUCGAUCAAGGUUAUAGACUUCGGCUCGUCAUGCUACAGCCACCAACGGGUCUACACGUACAUUCAGUCGCGUUUUUAUCGUUGCCCCGAAGUUAUUUUGGGCCUACCCUAUGGCACUCCGAUCGACAUGUGGAGCUUAGGAUGUAUCCUUGCCGAGCUGUACACUGGUUAUCCACUAUUUCCUGGCGAGAACGAGGUUGAGCAGCUUGCCUGCAUCAUGGAGGUCUUGGGUAGGCCGCCGGAGCAACUCAUCAAUCAUGCCUCGCGUCGUAGGCUCUUCUUCGACUCCAAAGGAAAUCCUCGCUGUGUGACCAAUAGCAAAGGCAAAAAAAGAAGACCCGGCAGUAAGAACGUGAUGAUGGCGCUACGUUGUCGGGACCCACUUUUCGUUGAUUUCGUCAGUAGGUGUCUUGAAUGGGAUGCAAAAAAGCGAAUGACCCCGGACGAAGCAUCGCGUCACGAGUGGUUAACCUCGUCGUCAUCUCUGCUCUCGUCGUCGUCGUCCACGAUGGCUUCGUCGAUCACCGGCAGCAGUACAGCCCUGACCACCAGCGUGAUCGAAACAUCGUUGCCGGUUCACGGCCAGGCAGCCGUCACUUGUGGCGCUACAAGCGUUUCGGCGGCCGGCGGCGUUGUCCAGGCCACUGCAGCUUCGGUUCGUCCUCGCGCCGAAACGAUGGAGGAUAUACAACAGCAGUACGCGCUAUUCCGACUCUAUCGCAGUCGCAAGUGCGUCUCCAAGAUCACCGACGUAUCCGACGGUCCUGCUUCCAGCCUCGUCGUCAAGAGCAAACUGAAUGGCAGCGCGAGCAGCCACGCCCUCACCGCUGGCGCCCAGCCAGCCAGCUCGAGGCAUGCGUCCACUGGUGACAUUGUGACCAUCCUUGAUCCAAGUCUCGACGACUCGGGCACUUUCCUGCCGCACAUCUUGUCUUGAAGUCGGGUGCGGGCUAGCCAUUUCUAAACGCGAGCGAGACACCUCCUGUUAGAUUCUCGUGCAUGCAUAUGCCAUACGAACCAGUGCAUUUUUUAUGGAUGAACAAGCUUUCGUUGCCACCACCUGUAUCCCCGCGUAGAUAUACGUAAAAGGGUGGGCUACUUUCAAAUAAGACUGUUCCAAUAGGCCAACUCGUUCUUACGUUCGACUCACGCUAAAUUUUUUCACACAUAUAUCACCGACAAUAAUUCGUUCGAAUCGGCCAAAUUAAGAGCACGGAAAACGAAAUAAAAAUAGUCGAUGUAACUCACACGCUGUUUGAGAAGAGCAGAGAAUAAUAGGAGGAAAAAAUUGGAAAUGGCUAGUUUGGCGACGCACUUGACAAGAAAAAAAAAUUCAUCGAAAUAUUUAGCCAUGACCCAACGAAUAGUGAGGGGCGAUUACGACAUAAUAAAGAAAACGCAAUUGUAUAACUCGUAGCUAGGCUAAUUGACUGGAAUGUUAUGGUAUACGCUGACGAAGAAAAAAAUACAACAUAGAUUGUCUUUCGUUUUUCUCGUAACUCAUAGCCAACACGUUCAUUGUGUAAUUUUAUAAAUGUAAUUUAUUGUGAUCGAUCGACAUUUUAUUCAGCAAAAAAAUUAAUAGCUUUCCAUCAAAAGCAGGAUCGAUUGAGUGUACUGAUUUGCUCGCGCAGUACACCAAAUCAGAUGGUGAACGAUCAUGAAAAACGAGAGAGAAAGAAAGAGAAGAAAAUAGAGAUUGUAGAAGCGAAAGUGUAUCAGUCUUUUUUUCGAUGGCUUCGAAAACCAAUAGGUCGUUAUUUAAAGUUUGCGCGGAUUACCCUUGUUAAUCGGCGUGACCCCGUUUUUCACGAGGCCUGAGUAGUCUUAUUGUGAUAUUAAACUACCACUGUCUUACUUGGAUCUCUGAUUAUUGAGAAUAUAGUGUCGUCUAAUAUUAGUUUUCAUUAAUAUUACUUUUAGAUGUAUGGUUAAUUAUUAUUAUUACGACUAUGUACGAUUACAUAUGAAUAUAAAUAUAUAAAUAUUAUUUUGUUAUGCUUUCGAGCAUGGCUACUGCCAGCACUAUGACUGUAAUCAUUAGACUACGUGUUUUAAUGACAAUUAAUUAGACCGAUAAUACUGCAAUCGAAACUAAAGGAAGAAAAAAAAUAAACAAAAAAAAUUUAUAAACAUUGCAAUUUGACAUAAAUUAGCUCGAUUGUCCAGUAUAUUCAAACCCAGGGUACACGCGAUAAAGCUUGUUGCGCAUCUUGUUUUACGAUUUGAAUAGAUAUUUAGUAAUUCGCAGAAUCUUUAUGCUGCAAUAUUACAGUCUCUUUAUUUUGAUUGUAUCAUUAAGAUUAUUUUUAGACUUACUGUCACUUUCUUCCUGUCGCAUGAAAACAAAAAAACAAACAACAACAAUGCUAUAUGUAUAUAUUCUUUCAUCCUUAUUUUGAGAUAAACCGCUUGCAGUUGUGCUGCAUGCAUUUUAAUGAUAUACCAACAAUUUUUUUACGUACUGAUACUAUACGUAAAAUGUUGAGCAAUUUAACAUUUUUCAAAUCGUCGAAAUUUUAUUACUCUUUCGAAUAUCGAGUUUCUUUAAUUUCGCAAUUGUUUCUAGAGCCAAAGACUUGGCGAUGAAACACCAGCAUGAUUUAAGAACUGUUCUCGUAUUUAUUAAGAAAAGUCAACAACGAACAGGAAAAGAAAAUUCUACCUAACUUCCACACAAUUGUGUAUUUAUGCGUUUUAAUCUCUUACUCGACAAUUAAUGUGUAAAUAAUUACUAAUAUCAAAAUGUAGACAAAAAGAAGAACAGUAACACACUCCUAUACAGAACCACGUGUGACAAGACUGAAAGAUGUUACAUAUAAAAAAAAUUAUUAUUUAUCAAUCCCGUUUUAAGAAAUAAACAAAAAGUAGAAGUAUACGUUCGUCCAUCAUUUUAUUAUCGUAAAAAAUAUAGAAUUUUUUUGUUGAAAAUGUAGGUAAAUGAAAAAAAUUAACCUCUAGCAUCAUUUCACACCGUAGCGAUUCGAAAUUCUGUGAAGCCUAUCAUUGAAAGCAUUAUUUUUUCACUGCCGCUGCGAUACUCUAUAAAAUGGCAACACAAGCAAUGCCACGUACCAAUCAAACAUGCAUAGUAAUUUAACUGUAUGCUGUGCGAAUUACAAUUUUUUAGGGAUGUUUUUUAGGGACACUAGUUGAGCGUAUCAAUUUAAUUGAUGAUCAAUCGAAACAAUAUCAGUUACUUUGGUUUUUACAAAUACUAAUCUUUAGCUGUACAUUGUACGUAAUGAAAUUUAAGAGUGUAUAGUAUAAACCUAAGUUUCGUAAAUUAUCAUGUACUUUUUUGCUGCUCUAUGGUGUAAUGCGAAUUUUAAUUAGCAACGUGAUGUUCUAAAACGAGUGUGUAGAAAUUAUUUGCAAAUUAAGGAAGCCUUGUCAAGCUUGUUGGAAAUGUGAAAAAGUAAUUUAUUAUAAAGUUGAACAGUUUUGUACAUGUGCAUUUUAAACCAAGUGUUCUGUUGUGCUUAAAAAACUAUGGAAGUGCAAUAUCAAAAAUUAUCGGAUAAAAACACGCUUGGAGUGAUUCAAAAUUGUUAUCUAUUGUGGAAUCUACUGUCAUAUGACAAAAAAACCAAAAGAAUCUACGGAAGCAAUAGAAUAGUGAUAAAUUAGUGGGAAAAAAAUGACAUUUAAAAUGCGCGUGCUUUCGUCUUUGUUUGUCGAAAAAAUUAGCGUAAAUCAAUUGCCGAAGAGUUUAAAAAAUUUUUUAUAUCUGUGCAGUUCGCUAAUAUAUUGCCAAUUAUAAAUGUAUUGAAUCGGUGUAAAUCUCUUUGUAGCAAAAAACUCGUCAUUUUGUCAUAUGUUAAAAUUAUUGUUCGCAUUGUUAACUUGUAAACAACAAAGUAUAAGUGUAUAAAAUUUGCUCUUGAAUAAACAUUUGAAUAGGCAUACUUUGAAAGCAAUUAAAAGUGACAUUAGUUGAUAUAUUCGUACAAACACGUCAUAGCUUUGUACCUUUAUAAUAUUUUCGAUACAAAACAGGCUGCUUUUUUUCGAUUCAUUGUCUCUCAAAACUGUCUAAUUCCAAGCUGUGUUUAACAGUUGUCAAAAAUGCAUGGUCCAAUUGAAAUUGUAAAUGAAAAACGUAGUUCAAUAGGACAAUCAAUUCAUCACUAGCAGAAUUGAGUAAUUAGACUAUGCAGUCUAAUUACUUUUUAUUAUUUUAUGUACAAUUGAUUUGAAUUAUCAAAAACAUAGAGUGUAAAUGAUUGAAGCAUGUAGGGUGUUGAACCAGUCAGUCGUCACUCGGUCAAAGAGAUCACAAAACAUAAGGAAUUGUUUCAUUAAAGCGUAAGAACAUAAUUUCAAAGUGCACCAAAACCAUGCCACAUGAUAAAACGCAGAAAUCACGAUGAAAGCACUACAAAACUUGCGUUUUCGUCUCGCUUUGAAGGCAAAGGAAAACCAUUAUCUGAAUAAUAAAAGUAUCAAAAGCGUGAGUGCGUUAUUAUGCGAGCUAAAUUACGUGAAAGUGCAUUUUGCGAUUCGUAAACAAAAUAUAGUUAUAAAUAAUGCUAAUCCUCGAUAAUUUGUUUCGUGCAAGCGCGAAAUUUUAAGAUAUCUGCCUGACAUUAUUACAAAAAACAAACAGCCUCGAACAAAAAAAAUAGAUAUAACGACUUGUAUAAUCUAGGAAAUGUGCCGCAUAUAAGCCUAAAACUAUCGCUGAAAUAAAAGCGUUAUAAAAAUAUGCGAGGAAAAGACUUAGUGUAUUCAAGGCAAUUUGUGCGUUAAAAAAAACUAUCGUACGCAAGUAAAAUUGCGAAGUAAGAGGAUAACGACACUAUGAAACGCGAACAAAAAACAAAAGAAAACAAGAAAAGAAUAAGUAAUCUUAAUUAUCCCAACUAAAGCAUCAUCACCUUUUGUAUCAUUUGUCCGUUUGUUUCUAUCUUGCUGCGUUUGUCUUUCAUUAUUAAUGUAAACCAAGAUGACUCG